GGCCCGUCCCUCCCUCUUCCUCUCCAAAAGCCGAAGGCGGUCGAGACUCGAGAGAGGGAGAAGGGGAGAGAGUGAGAUGGAGAAGUACAGAGGCGACCGCGACGGUGGCGGCGAAGUCGGCGGGAGGCACCCGAGGAUGGCGUCGCGGUGGUCGUCCGCCGGGCCGGCUGAACAGCGCCACCGCUACCCCGACCACUCCCGCGGCGGAGGCGAGGGCUUCGCCGGCGGUCGCCACCACCCCUACCGAGGCUCUCAGGACUUCCCUCCCGGCGGCAGAGGAGGGUUCCGUGGGGGACCGGAUGGCUUUGGCCACCAGAUGCCGAUGGCUGGUCCGCGGCGUGGCGGCGGCUUUUCCGGCAGAGGCGGCGGUUCCCCAGAUAAUGCUGACAGGAGUAAGUUUGCCAAACUUUUUAUUGGAUCAGUGCCAAGGACUGCAACUGAAGAAGAGAUCCGACCUGUAUUUGAGGAGCAUGGAGAUGUUAUUGAAGUGGCUUUGAUCAAGGACAAGAGAACUGGUCAACAACAAGAUUUUCAAAGACACAGUGGAUCAAGAUGCAGAACCUUGACAUAUGCAGGUUGUUGUUUUGUAAAAUAUGCAACUUCAGAGGAGGCUGACAGAGCCAUCAAAGCUUUGCAUAAUCAGUAUACUUUGCCUGGGGGAUCAGGUCCUAUUCAAGUAAGAUAUGCUGAUGGGGAACGGGAACGCCUUGGUGCAGUUGAGCACAAGUUGUUUGUUGGAUCACUUAAUAAGCAAGCCACAGAAAUGGAAAUUGAGGAAAUAUUUUCUCCAUAUGGUCAUGUUGAAGAUAUCUACAUUAUGAGAGAUGAUAGGAAGCAAAGCCGUGGAUGUGGCUUUGUGAAAUUCUCAAAUCGAGAGAUGGCAGCAGCAGCUAUAAAUGGCCUUAAUGGAACCUUCGUGAUGAGGGGUUGCAAUCAGCCAUUGAUUGUUCGGUUUGCUGAUCCUAAAAGGCCUAGGCCUGGCGAGUCAAGGGGUGGUCCUGCAUUUGGUGGCCCUGGUUUUGGUCCUCAACUGCAAGCACCAAUAGGGGUCAGGCCAGUACCUACAAUCAGUGAGCCAAUUGGUGGACCACCCAAAUUUGCUGAGCCAAUGAGUGGAGGAGUGCGACCUAAUACUUGGCACCCAGCAAGUCGUGAGUCAAUGGAACCAUCUCCUCAAGCUAGUGGUCAGGGAUUUGGCAGUAAUCUAGCUGCCAAACUUGGUGACUUGACAACAUCUUCAGUUUCUAUGCCGAUACAGCAGCUUGGCAAGGCUCAAAUCCCUCAAACUAUGGGGUUUCCCUCCAUUAGCCAGGACCUGCCUUCCCAGCAGUUACUUAAUUUGGGUGCACAACUGCCUGCUUCACAAGCUUUAUUCCCGCAGACUGCCACUGCCAAUGGUCUGCAGAUUCCAUUAAAUCUACAGCAGCCAGGUAUGGCUGCUGCUUCUAGCCAACAGCAGAUGCCUGCAUCUACCAUCUCUCAGCAACAGCUUCAGCAGCCUGUCCAACAAUUGCCAUCACAACUCACACAGGCGCUUCUGCAACAACAGGCACAAGCUUUACAAUUAAGUUUUCAAUCAUCACAACAGGCAAUUUCCCAGCUUCAGCAACAGCUGCAGAUGAUACAGCCCUCAGGUGCAAGUCAGCAGCAAAAUUCUCAGACUACGAAACAGCAGUCUCCAUGGAGUGCAGCUGUAUCUCAAUCAGCUCCCAGCAAUCCUGUUAGUACACCUACUGCUGUGACGUCUUCAAAUGUAUCCACAACUCCGCCUCCAGUAGCUACUCAAUCUGCAGUUCCAAUGUCCUGUGACUGGUCAGAGCACACCUCUCCUGAUGGAUAUAAAUACUACUACAACUGUGUUACUCGUGAAAGCAGGUGGGAGAAACCCGAGGAGUUGACACGUUUUGAAGAACAGAAGAAAUCGCAACAACAGAUGAAACUAGCUGCACAACAUCUUCAGCCACCAUCUCAAGCCCAGUCACAAUCACCAAUACAGUCUACCCAAGUGUCUCAAACACAACAAACACAAUCUCAAGUGCAGCUCAGGCAGCAGGCAUCAGUGCAGGUCCUUCAGCCUUUGCCGUAUCAAGCUUCUGGUUUGGCUAGCCAGCAAAACAAUCAGGAUUUCAAUUAUGCACAAUUUCAAGCUGCCAAUUCAAUCAAUGAUUCAGCUCGAGUCCACCAGGCAAUGCAGGCUGGACAGGAGGUGAUGUGGAAAAACAUGGGCCCAGGCAACCAGUAGUUCAUUCAUGACACGAGCUUGGCGUCCUCUUUAGGUUCUUGAUAGUGCCAUCAGAGGUGCAGUAAAGCAGUAUAUCGAUGCCAUAAAACAUCAAGAAGAUGAGCUUGCGGAGUGAGAAGUGUGAUGAAUCUGAAGAGGAAGGGAUGGGGGCUGCAUUUCAUCUGCACCUUAACUAACUUUGAAGGAGUGGAAAUGUUUUUUUUUUGUUUUUUUUAGUGAUAGAAUUUGUAGGAUAAUUAUUUAAUUCAAACAUAUAGAUCAAUAAGAAUUCUGUUUAUUUAUUCUCCUAUGGGUACAUUCCCAGGAUCUACUCUGUUAUGUGAUCAUCCUUCUACA